AUGGACUAUGCGAAUCUUUCUGAUCGCUCGGGCAGCAGCGAGUACGGGCAUGAUCAUCGUGAGCCCAGAAUUUGCGCAGGCACUGUCAUCUGGCAUGAUGCCUUGAAAAACAUUUCGAAUACUACCACAAAUUGGAAGAUUCAUAACAUCAUCAUCAAUGGUCGUUGGCGCCUCAAGAUCAUCAACCGGACGCAACUCGUGCGUGUCACCCAAAGCACAGAAUGGUUGCUCAACAAGGGUGGCCUCAAACAAGAAGUUAAAGCUCAUCAGUUGUUGUUUGGCAGUUUGCAUAGCACCUUUUCAUGCCAUUUUGCUAGUCAGCGAACCCUAACCGCGGAUGCUCUUGCUCACAGAAUGAAUCGUAUUAACAUGACUCAUUUCUUCGUUACACACACGUCGCGCGAAGAGGCUCUCCUCUUUCGAGUCGCCUACAAGAUGAAUAGGAAGAUUGACGGUCUCGACGCAACAUCCGACACCACUGCGAUCGUCAACGUAGUAGAAAGCCAUAAAAGCUGUUUACUAAGUGUCUUAAGCCUCUCAGGUGAAUUUUUCACAAAAAUCCCUUCUCGCAGACGUUGUGCAAUAGAGAAAUGUUGUAAACAUUGUGGAAGACGUGAUCUCAAACCAUUAAGGGUUGGAUCGAUACCACAUUAUCGAUACGUUCGAGCUGAGAGAGGGCACAGAGGGAGAAUACUAUCUUCUUUAAAGGGUCACAGCUGGGCGAUUGAGUUUGCAAGUGUCGAUGGAACGGUACAGAGAACGAUCGAAGGGUUGGAAAGCGGAUGA